GUUUGUUCGAUCGGAAGUCAGUCACAAACAGAAUUUACUAUCGAGGUGUUCUUGUUUUGAUUAUUUCGCCUUAAAUUAGUGAAAAAACAACUUUAGUGUUUUGUCAGCAGUUCUAAAUGUGAAUAAACCGUGUUACCGGUUGGAUCUUGCAGUGAUAUUGUGCCCCAAAGUGCUAACUUUUAUGUGCGGUAUUGCAACUAAAAAAACAUCAGUUUUACCAGUGAUUUAACUUGUUUUAGUGGUAAAAUCUUCCGUUAUUGUGGUGUAACGGAGCGGAACAUAUCCCGUGAAUGUGGCAACCUGCCAAAAAACUUUCAGUUUUAACAUUUUGUGGAACAGUGACUAUGUACGCGCCAGAAAUGUCUUCCAUAGUGAACUGUCGUGAUUCAGGACCCAAGUGACGUUCCUUCAAAAUGCCACCCGUCAAGCGAAAGAGGAGGAUCGACGACAAGGUUAAAUUUAGAAAUAAAGACCAAACAAGGACUCGCUCUUAGCCGAAUUCGUAAAAUUAAGUACACAAUUGAUCUCAAGUAUUUUAGUGCUCAACGUAUAAUAAAUUAAGUACAACAGACUGAUUUAAAUAAGACUUAAAAUGAUCGCGUUGAAGAAGCUUUACGGGGACGAGUUGCUGCGGCUGGCUUUAGUCCUGAGUCUUCUCAAGGCGGACCCCAGCGACUAUUUGGAGGGAGAAACUCAGCAGCUGAUCACAGGCCUAAACAUAUCCAACGGGUCGGACUGGUCUCUAGAGCAAGAAGCCAGAACGCUGAUCCGACCGAGGUUCGUCCACCCAAAAUCGCUGGACAACAUUCUAAUCAACUACGAAAGGGAGUUGUUCGAAGAGCUGAACUCCCUGGGGCGAUACGCGAACUCUUUGGAAAACAAUGAACGGAUAUGGAAUAAUCGGGGUCCGAUCCUUCAUACAUAUGUAUUGAAUAACGUAGCUACCGACACAGUCGCGCCGUCGCUGGCCUCAGCGCCGCUCGAGAGCCAGGAGAGCGAUGGGGUGUCCGCCGACGAGAACGUAGCGCAAGAAGUCAAGAUCUCUGAUGAGGAGCAGCAGGAAAAUGAGCAGCCAGACGCGGUUGUGACUCUCUCAGCUGACUUCCUAUCCAACCACACCGAAUCUGACAUUUUCGCUGAGAUCGCGUCCCGUUCUUUCGACGUCAACGAGUUCUUAGUCAACCCCAACGAGAUGCAGAUCAAAACGGAGCCCCAGGACUCCGAGUCCGAUUUCAUGGACGUCGUCGUCAAGAAGGAAAACAACGAGGAUCUGUACAAUGACAAUGCGAUCGACGAUUUCGUGCCUUACUUCACGGCGAAAGCCGAGAAAUUCGAGAUGGGAGAGCCCAAUUCCGUCUUCCACCAGAACAUGGCGGAUCUCCAGGACUAUGAGGAGAUCUUCGAUGACGUUAAAGAACUGAGGAACGAUCUGGAAUACUUGGACGUGAAGCAACAGCAAGAGAAUUUAGAACAAUAUCUCUUAGAGAACACUCCUUUGGAUGCAGAGGCCUACGAAUUGGCGCCCAUUUUUGAGGAUGAGCUGGUGUUGAAUGUGAAGAGAGAAAGAGCGAGCACUAGUUUCACUUCGGCUAGUUCGAGUGGUGUGAGUGAUAUGGAUGUGUCGGUGAAAGAGAUGCAAGACGUCAAGUCGGAGCCUGAUGAAGGGCACCAUACUGGGGAUGAGCUGACCCAAGAGGACAUGGACCUGAUCGAGGUGCUGUGGAAGCAGGAUGUGGACAUGGGAUUUUCGCUGGAGGACCCUGUGCAGUUGGAGGGUCCUCAAGCAACCAAGGUGGCAAGCGAUGAGAUUCGCAAGGAACCGCUCACUGAGACGAUGCAGAAGAAGAAGGAAGAAGAAGAAAGCAUCGAGAAGGUGAAGGCUUCGCUGCUCAACGAGGACGUUAAAGAAGAUGACCCGUGGGCAGGCCUGUCGUACACCGUGGACACCGAGACCGGCGAAUACCUGAUCCAAGGCGAGCUACCCCGUGAGCUCGAGUCGCUCGAGGAGUCCCGCUUCGACCUCUUGGAGGAGGCGCUCCAGCUCGUCGAGCUAGGAGACGAGGCAGAGACCAAGGAUGAGCAGUCUGAGUCAAUAGAGGGCAGCAUAAAGGGCAGCAGCGGCGGGGAGAUGUUGCAUCCGGCGAUGCGGCACGUGCCGCACCACCCGCUAGCGCACUACCAUAACCAGUCGCUGAUGCGGUCUAUGUCGGUGGAGCAGCGCUGGCAGGACCUGGCCUCGCUGCUGACCAUCCCGCCGCCACCGGAGCAGUACCACCAGUACCACCACCACCAGCCCCAUCCCCAUCCCCACCCCCACCCCCACCCGCAUAACAUCAGCUCCCAUGGCGCGGCCGGCGGUUACCCGCCAAAUUACCACGCCCCUCUCCCCCCGGUGCCGGAGAAACACCCUGACCCUUACGCUGGCGCAGCAGCGCCUUUGGAAGGGGCCUACAAGGUGGAAUCGGCUCAUCACCCUCAGCAACACGAUGGGAUCUACUAUCAGAACUCAACGAGCGAGAUGGCACCCCCGGCUAACCAGGACGGGUUUCUCCAGUCCAUCCUCAACGAUGAAGACCUGCAGCUCAUGGAUAUGGCGAUGAACGAAGGCAUGUACACGAUGCGGAUGCUGGACAGUGCCGGGGCACACCACGCGCCGCACCACAAUCACACCCACAUGAUGAUGACAGAACGCGACUCGGCGUCCGAUAGCGCUGUCUCAUCUAUGGGGUCGGAGAGAGUGCCCUCUCUUUCUGACGGCGAAUGGUGCGAUGGAAGCGACUCGGCGCAGGAGUUUCAUAGCUCCAAGUUCCGGCCGUACGACAGCGGCUAUGGGCGCGAACGAAGCGCGCCGCACCAGCCGCAGAAGAAACACCACAUGUUCGGCAAACGCUGCUUCCAGGAGCAGACGCCGCAGCUGGAGCCGCGGCCGGCGCCGGUCGUCAAGUACGAGUGCCCCGAGCAGGCCUACCACCACGACAACAUGCACGUGCAUAAUGGCGUAGAGUUCGGCGCGCGCGCACAAAUAGCGCCGCCGGUGGCGCUACAACCCGCGCUAGACCUCAAUGCGCCUCACUCGAGCCACGCGCUACUGCAGAACGGUCUAGCCAGCCCGGCUCGUUUCCCGUACGGUGCGGAGCGCGUGCGUCACAACCACACCUACAGCGCGCCGCCCGCGCCGCAUCAAGCCCGGCCCGCGCACACUAGGGACAAGAGAGUCCGCCGCCUGACCGAUGGCAGCAUGUCGGACGGAGGCUCGUCGGCCGCCAGCGGACACCUCACCCGAGACGAGAAGAGGGCUAAGGCUUUGGGCAUACCGCUGGAAGUGCACGACAUCAUCAAUUUGCCGAUGGAUGAGUUCAACGAGCGUCUCUCGAAGCACGAUCUGAGCGAGGCCCAGCUGUCCCUUAUAAGGGACAUAAGGAGGCGAGGCAAGAAUAAGGUGGCUGCCCAAAACUGCCGCAAGCGCAAACUCGACCAGAUCACCUCUCUCGCAGACGAAGUGCGCACAGUCCGCGACCGCAAGCAGCGCACGCAGCGUGACCACCACCAGCUGACCGCUGAAAGGCAGCGCGUCAAGGAACGGUUCGCAGCGCUGUACCGGCAUGUUUUCCAGAACCUGCGCGACCCUGAAGGCCGUCCGCUAUCCUCGCAGCAGUUCUCGCUGCAGCAGGCGGCUGAUGGCAACGUCGUGCUGGUGCCCAAGAUGCCGCAACACCCAGAUCACCCAAUGAACCGCUCUGACGACGAUAUGGACCGAAAACCGAAGAACUACGAACAGUGACACCCGACACAAACGCUAAGGUGGUAACGCAAGAUGUAUCACGCAAUUAUUUGAUCAAAUUCAUAAAUCUACUUCCGAGCAGCUUUUUCGGUCACAAAAUUAUGUCAAACCCUAAAAAAUUAUGUCAAAUCUCUAAAAAUUAUGCGAAAUUAAAAAGUUUCUUGCACCGUGUAUAAUGUAUACUGAUAUCAAAUUUUAAACAAAUUAUACGAUAUUUUUUUAACAAAAUCAACACGUUUUGAAAAUAAAAAAAAUGUAUUCUGAGAUUUGUGAGUUAAUUAGAUUUAUAAAAACACAUAUUUGAUGGUUAUUUAAUUAUGUCACCACCUUCAUUCUACAAAUAUGUUGGUAUUCUUUGUGAUUCGGAAUUGUUACUUUACAUAAACAUAUCUUGCAUAGUUCGUUUUGAGACCAAUAUUUGUAAUGUGUUCUGUCUUAUAGCGCCUUAUUUGUCAGCGAAAUGUACAGUUAAAAUGAUAAUAUAUCGAAUAAAAAUAUUGUAUGUAUCAUUUUGUCUUACGUCACCUUAAAAUUUUGAAAAAAAUGUGAUAAACAAAAAUAUUCCAUUUUUGAUUAGUGGCUGAAUAGGAUUUUUUUAUGUUUAACCAUAUCUAUGUAUGUUUUAAAAUAAUAAUUAUAUCAUCAUGUUGAAGAAAAGUCCCAUGCCAAGUAUCAUUAUGUCAAAAACAGUUUGACAUAAUGUUUGCACUUUCUAAAUUCACAUAAAAAUUACGCGAUCUUGUCACAUUGAUUAAAUUACUACCAAGCACUCAACAAUGACAUAUAAAUAUUAAAAACAUACAUAAAUAUUAGAAUGGAAUUGUGUGUUUUGCAUUCUGUCUUGCCCGACUACAAGAAUUAGUAUACGUUUACAAACUUUUGGCAUAAAUAUUUUUCGGCAAAUGUAACUUUGCAUAAUGUUUUAAAAGUAUAUUUUUCAAUAUAAUAUGUUACCAAACGCAGUGUUAUAUUUGUCGUGUGUGCUUUGCAACUAUAUGUAUGCCAGAAACGACUGAAAAUAAAAACAAAAUAAAAAAAUACAUAGGAUUAAUAAAAUGAUGUCUGCGACAUCAAACUGUUGCAAUAAGUAAUUUUAAUCUGUACUUUAACACUUUUUUGUAAUAUAUUUUUUCACUUUUUUGUUUAUAAGGUUGUUUAUUUAUGUAUAUUAUUAAGGUUGUUAUCGUGUUUCGAAUACAUUCACAAAUUCAAAUCAUACAUAUUUGGAUGGAAGUACAAAAGUAGUAUUCGCAGCGAUUAUAAAAAUAUACAUUGUCUAUUCCAAUAGCAAAAAUUUUCGUUUUUGUCCAUCUUAUUUAUCAAUAUGCAAUAUACAAAGCAAUGUUGCAAUAUUUCUUAUGAUUAGUUCUUAUACAAUGAAUUAACAAUUGGGUAAUUUGUCAUAUAAAUUAAUCAAUUCUGAGGCACAUCUCUAAUUUCGUUUAUUUUGGCCUAUUAAAACCUGUUAAUACAAUCGAUUUAUUCAUUUUUUGUUUGCUUUAAAAUCACUAAUUACUUUUAAAGUAAACAUUUGCUUUCAAAUUAGUGAUUUAUGGUUGUACUUGGGUUUUUCAGCCCAUAUAAAAAAUAAAUUGCCCAGUUGUCGCAUAUUGAUAUUCAAGAAGCACUCUUUGAACCAAUCUUUCAGUUUUCUUAGUUGUAUUGUAGAUUGAAUAAAAAUAUUUUUAAUCGGAUGUAGUAACUUUUAAAGGACCAGCGUUUUUUAUUUUUUUCUGAACUGGUCUUUUAGAUAUAUGCUACGUUUAGAUCUGUAAGUUUAAAUGUAAGUUUGCAGAUUAAAUCUUUUUCAAAGACAACAAUUUGUAAAAAAAUAUACACAAACUGUAUUUAGUUCUCUUUUUUAUUUAACCCUGUUUGUUGUCUUUAAAAAAAUGCUUGUAAGAUAAGAUUAAUAAAUAUUUAUAAAUGUGGUGCAUAUGUUUUUUAAACGAAAUAGUAUGACAGCUUUUUACGGCGAUUAAAUAAAUGAAGUAAAAAAUACGAAAUGUUUAUAUUUAUUAUUAAGUAGGGACGGGUAUGCAUUUCAACUUAAGUUCUUUGUAUAUCGAGUUGGUGGAAGGCUGUGGCGUAUUUUGCCGGCGAAAUAGUCUUUGUUUGCAAAAUAAGUAGUACAAUUUAAUUUGCACAAGAACAUUGAUAGGUUGAUCCAAAUUGUAAUUAUGCUAAAUCAAUUUAUACGGAAAUAUAAAAGUACUAAAGAGUUUGCGCCCAGUUGUCGCCCCCAUCGAAUUUACUCGCCAGCGGCGCCAACUGGUGCACAAAAAUUUGAAAUAAUAAAUAAUUCGACAAUACUACUAAAACUACUACUGAUGGAUUUAAAGUAGCAAUAGUAAACUCAUGUCCUUUCUAAAAAUCUAUAAAAUUUGAAAAUAAUGCUACUAAAACUCAGAAUUUAGUUCUUUUUACUUGGUACUAAAUAAAUAUUUUUAUUUUCUUCCUUUUUGAAUGUUUGAUCUCAAUAAAUCGCCUAUCAAUGAUUCUUUCUACAUCGAUUUAAAGGUAUAUUCACAAUGCUACGAGGGCUGACAUUGUGAACUCAUACAGAUGUGAAUACACCUUCACUCACCUUCUUAUUAAGUUGUAAGUUGUAAAGUGGAACAAAGCAGUACAUUUUCUACUUUAUUAAAAAACUUUUAUCACAAAUAAGCCCGUGUUUUAAAACGACUCAAGCAUGGAUUUCAAUUUGAAGAAUUGACUCACAAAUAAAUACAUUCUUGAGUUAAGAUUCGUACUUGAGUAUCGUUUUGUGAAACGGGUCUCAUGUAUAUGACUUUUAAAUCUAUACAGUAUAAAAAUACUGUGAUUUAGGAUUGAAAAAAAAGUUAUAUACAGAGUGUUUGAAGUGUCGUUUUACUUAUGUAUUUCGCGCUCGUAGAUUUAUAUCGUUUACCACAUAGUCCGGCAAUGUAAUAUAUUAUUACAUAUUAUUUCACCUGUGAAGGUUACUUCUUAGGCUAGAUAACAUACUUGUAAGACUUAAUAAAAAAAUUAUGCGAAAACUGAAA